AUGGCCAACCUUCCUCCUGUCUACAUUGUCUCUACGGCUCGUACGCCCAUCGGCUCGUUCCUCGGCUCUUUGUCGAGCCAGACCGCCGUUCAACUGGGAGCUGUCGCCAUCAAGGGAGCUGUCGAGCGUGCCGGUAUCAAGCCUGAGGAUGUCGACGAGGUCUUUUUUGGCAAUGUCCUCUCCGCUGGCGUUGGACAGGGCCCUGCCCGCCAAUGUGCCCUCGGUGCAGGCCUUCCCCAGACCGUCAUCGCCACAACCGUGAACAAGGUCUGCGCUUCUUCGCUUAAGGCCAUCAUUCUUGGUGCUCAAAACAUUAUGCUCGGCACCUCCGACAUUGUCGUUGCUGGUGGAACCGAGUCCAUGUCCAACACUCCUCACUACCUCCCCAACCUCAGAAACGGCGCCAAGUACGGCGACCAGACCCUCGUCGAUGGUGUUCUCAAGGAUGGUUUGACCGACUCUUUCAAGAAGGACCACAUGGGCAUCUCUGCUGAGCUUUGCGUUGAUGACCAUGAGCUCACCCGCGAGGCUCAGGACGAGUACGCCAUCAACUCAUACAAGAAGGCCCAGGCUGCCACUGAGGCCGGCCUUUUCACUGAGAUCGUCCCCGUUGAGGUCCCUGGUGGCCGUGGCAAGCCCGCUAUCAAGGUUGAGCGCGACGACGAGGUCAAGAACCUGAAUGUCGAUAAGCUCAAGGCUAUGCGCCCUGCUUUCAAGCCCGAUGGUACUGUCACUGCCCCUAACGCUGCUCCCAUCAAUGAUGGUGCCGCCGCCGUUGUCCUCGUCUCGGAGGCUAAGCUCAAGGAGCUCAACCUUAAGCCUGUUGCCAAGAUCCUUGGUUGGGGUGAUGCUGAGCGUGAGCCUGAGCGUUUCACCAUUGCUCCCGCUCUGGCCAUUCCCAAGGCCAUCAAGCACGCUGGUUUGACCGCCGACCAGGUUGAGUACUACGAGAUCAACGAGGCCUUCUCCGCCGUUGCCCUCGCUAACAUGAAGCUCCUUGGUCUUAACCCUGACCAGGUUAACGUCUACGGUGGUUCCGUUGCCAUCGGCCACCCUCUUGGAUGCUCUGGUGCCCGUAUUGUUACCACCCUUACCUCCGUCCUCAAGGAGAAGAAGGCCAAGAUCGGUGCUGUUGGUAUCUGCAACGGUGGUGGUGGUGCUUCUGCUAUGGUCAUCGAGAACCUGCAAUAA